CUGGUGCGCGAGACGGAGGCGGCGCUCAAGUCGCUGUCCGGCUCGUGGCCCGGCCCGCGCGCCUCGUUCUACGGGCCUCCCGCAGACCCGCCGCCCGCCUUCGAGAACCUGUUCGAGGAGAAGAAGGUCGAGCAGCACCAGCUGGCGUCUCCGGAAAAUACUGAGGACAUCAAGCCGCACAUCGCUGCCCAGCACUCACCGCAGCAGCAGGACGUAAAGCCAGUCCUGCUGCCGUCCACGGGCGAGAUCGUCAAAGAUCCUGCACACCUGACUCCUUCAGUGAAAGCCAACGGCGCUGGCUCCAGCGGGGGUGGAGAUUUGGAGAACCUGCUGAAGAUCGAGAACGAGUGUGCGAGCGCCCAGUCCAAGGUGGGCACAGCGACGGCCGGUAGCGACACGACAGGUCCAAAGUUCUCGCAGCCACGCUACGAGCCAGACUUCAACGAACUGGUCGAUGAUUCGUCAAACGAGCUGGAAAUCGACAUGUCAGACCCGUCAGCGACCGCCGGGGCCAGCGGCACCGUAACGGCGCAAGGCGACGUUAAGGAACGGGCGGUUCCCAAAGCGGUGGAUGGGCAGCAUCAGCCGACGGCGUCCCCGGCCUCCGUUACGUCCGCUUUCAGCCCCAGCAACUCGGCGGCAACUUCAGCAUUUCGCACUCCUACCACAACAAAGGUGCCUCCACCGUUGGACCCUCUGGGCCCGUUCCCCGCAGCUGCCACAUUCGUGGGUUACCCCGGUGCGAGCGCGGGCCCCGAGUCCAAGCCGAGCAAGCCGGGCGCCGCUGAUCUCCUGAAGGCGGUUUCGCAAGCGCCCGGCUCCGGCAGUGGCCUGCCCAGCAAAGCAGCGCACCAUUACACCGUGCUCAAGGGCGGCGCUGCCACCGGGGCUGUUAACGGCACGGCUGCAGCCUGCCAUGACGCCAAGCAGUACACUGUGUUGCAGCCCGCGGGCGCCGGCCAAGACGUCGUGGUCAGCGUAGAGCCAGCUAAGCCGCUGCCGUCGCCGCCCGCCAGGACAGAGGGUAGCCGCUGUCCUACGCCUGGUUGCACGGGGCAAGGUCACGUCACUGGACUCUACUCGCACCAUCGCAGCUUAUCCGGAUGCCCAAGAAAAGACAAGGUGACACCUGAAAUCCUGGCGAUGCAUGAGACAAUUCUGAAAUGCCCCACCCCCGGUUGCAAUGGGCGGGGCCAUGUUAGCUCCAACCGGAACACCCACCGCAGCCUGUCGGGCUGCCCGCUGGCCGCCGCCUCCCGGCUGGCGGCGCGCCUCAGCCGCAAGCAGCAGCAGCUCCACCAGCGCCUGCCCCCAGUUGGCGGCACCACGUGCCCACCAGAAUUCGGCUUCAACUGUGGGACUGGUGGCAGCGUUACUGGGAACCCUGGUCCGAAAACAGAGGGGGCUCCAAACAAAUCUUGCUACGGAAGCAGUGACACCCAGCAACAGCAGCAGCAACAACAACAGCAGCAGCAGCAGCAGCAGCAGCAGCCGCCGCCGCCGCCGCCGCAGCAGCAGCAGCAAUUCUACAAGAAGCCCAAAUCACCUGAGUCGGCCAUCGCUGCUGGCGGUCGCCUCAUACCAAAGUCUGAAGUAGUAUCGGCUGCCAGUUGCUGUUCGGUGACCCUGAAAGUCGAGGCGGGUGCUGGGAGUAACUCGGAGCCCUACCUCAGUCACGACUCCAACUCGUCGUCAGUGUCGAGCAUGGAGCCGCCGCCCCCGCAGCAGCCAGGCCCGCCGCCCAUGGGCUACGGCAUCGGCUACGAGCCGCUGCCUCCACCGCCGCCUCCGGUGGCGUCCGCCGAGGAGCUGUACGGGCGGUACGCGGGGCGGCCGGGCGGCGGGCCGGGUCCGGUGCCGGCGCAGUACAUCGGCCAGGGCUCCCCCUACGAUCCCGCAGCGGCGGCCGCCGCCGCAGCCGCUGCAGCCGCCGCAGCCGCCGGCUACGACCAGCAGCGCUACCCGCAGCUCUACGCCACGCCCACCACCUACCAGGAUGACUACCAGCAGCAUCCUCAGGAGCAGCUGCCGCUGCUGAAGACGGAACCGGUGACAGAGCCGCUGUACCCGCGCCCCAUGUACCACUUCGAUCCCAACGGCGGGGCGCUGCCGCCCGGCUUCUCCUCGGCCAUCAACCUGUCCGUCAAGUGCGUAGCGGCAGGCCAGCUCAAGGGCAACACCUCACCCGGCGGCUCCGUCAUGGACCUGUCCACGUCCAGCGUCACCUCCACCAGCCCGCAGGGCCCGGCAUACGGCGCGAGCAGCCUGAGCCCGCACUACGCCGGUCCGCGGGGCUCCAGUCCGCAGGCGGCGACCAGUCCACACCUCUCCGCCAGUCCGCACGUGCCCAGCCCGCAGGGACAGACUCUGGACCUCAGCGUCAGCAGGUUACAUUCCGGCGCGCCGAGCCCCAUGUACCCAGGCGGCGCCUACCUGACGGCGGCGGCGACGGCGGCCGCAGCGGCUGCGGCAGCGGCAGCGCCCCCGCGCGACGAGCAGACGGAGCCGGUGGACUUCUCGACGGCUAACGAACCCGUCAACUUCAGCCGCGGGCCCGUUUUCCCCGCGGGCGCAGCCGCCUACAGCCGCGAGUCCACGCCCGACAGCGGCUCCCACUACCUCGACUCCUACCGCGAUCCCACGGAUUACGGGUACGCGAGUCCCCACCCAGGCUACGCGAUGCAGCAGGCGGAGUACCCGCCCGCGGCCAACAGCUACGCCGCCUACUCGUACUCGUGCGCCAGCGGCUACCCGGGGGGCGGCUACGCGGCGCCCGUCUCCUCCGGCUACUCGCCCGCUGCGCCCUGCUACGCCAUGCCGCCCCCGCAGCCGCCGCAGCCGCCCCUCGACAAGCCUAUCAAGGAGGAAGGCCUGUCCGGUUGCCCGCGUGCCGACCGGUCACAAAUCCAGGCGCACUCACAGGAGCUGAAGUGCCCGACACCGGGGUGCGACGGCUCAGGUCAUGCCACCGGUAACUACUCGUCCCACCGUUCGCUGUCGGGCUGCCCACGCGCCAACAAGCCCAAAAGCAAGCCGCGCGACGGUCAGGACUCCGAACCACUCAGGUGCCCCAUCCCCGGCUGCGACGGCUCCGGACACGCCACCGGCAAGUUCCUGUCGCACAGGAGCGCGUCGGGCUGCCCCAUCGCCAACCGCAACAAGCUGCGCGUGCUCGAGUCUUCGUCCUCGUCGUCUGCAGCGGUGGCCGGCGUCUGCGGCGGAGGCGGCGGGGCGGCGGCGGCAUUCGAGGGCAGUGGUUCGUCUUCUUGCCCGGCCCCCGCCUACGACGGUCCCGGUCACACCGACGGUUCCUCCUUCCUCGCGCACCAUCGAGCCACGCUGUCCAGCUGCCCCCUGACUGUUGCCGCCCCCGGAACGGGCACCCAUCACCCGCCACCCCCCGUUCCAGCCCCGGGGACUGCGGCCGCUGCAGCAGCUGCUGCUGCAGUUGCCGCAGCCGCCGUUGCAGGACCACCGGCGCUCGUCAAGAAGGCACACAAGUUCACCGAGGAGCUGUACUCCAAGGCGCCUGCAGGUAUAGAAGGCCCUGUCAAUGCAGUGGGUUCUGGCAGUGAAGACCUGGUGACAUUAGAAGCAGAGAUCACAGAAUUGCAGCGUGAAAAUGCUCGUGUUGAGUCACAGAUGCUCCGUCUACGCACUGAUAUAACAGCCAUGGAAGCACACCUUCGUCAUGGAGAAAAGGAGAACCAGAUGAUUAGCCAACGCAACAACAAUCUAAAUGAAUACUACGAAAACCUUCGAAAUAAUGUUAUUACUUUACUGGAGCAUGUGAGAUUACCUGGUGGAGGUAGUGGACAACCAGGAAUUGGACCUGCUCCUGGAGAAAAGUUGGUUCAUGAUAAUUUUGACAGCUACCUCAGUAAGCUUCAGACCCUAUGUACUUCCGAUGGUUACUGUGAUGCCGAAGGUAAUCGACCAUUGUAUGAAACUGUGAAAUCUGCUCUACAAGACUUUACUGUACUGCCUACACCCAUCUGAAUUUAACAAACAAAUUAAUAUGAUCUGCAGGUUGAUGCUGAGAAAAUUAAUUAUUGAUCCUACCAUUUACGGAUAAUGUGUGAGUCAGUUGGCAUUAUCGUGAAAUAGUGCUGUGAAUGAAUUAGUAUGCAGUGAUCUUAGUAUGUAUUUGACUCAACAGUAGUGUCUUUGACACCAGAUACUUGGGUUGUUACCCAUGCUACCUUUUUUAAUGAUUAUCAGCUAAUUUUGUGCAUCUAUGCUGGUGUGACUACUUGUGUCUGAACCUGUGAUCCCCGACCUGCAAGUGCAUCUGUGCAAUUGAUUGUAGGCAUAAAAUAUCAACGAAUUCAACUGUGUUGUGAUUAAUAGUUUAU